AUGGGAAACUCUCCGAGCAAGCCCAUCAAUCGCAACAACAAUGAUCCUAAUAUCCCACCAUCACUGCGCUUUUCAAGACAUCGACAAAUGAUCAUAUCGUCUGUUUUUAGCGUACACCGACGUUAUUUAUGUUUCUCGACAGCGCAUUCUUAUGAGCGGUUCAAAAACUCGGGCAAAAAGUAUGGUAUUCCGCAAAAUCUGCAAGAUGAGGGUCUCGGAGUGCCGCUAUUUGAAUUUGAAGACCCCAGUACAUUGACGAGGCUGGUUAAUUCCUCAGAUGGCCGUUUUCAAAUUUCGAAAUUUGUGUUUCAAUCGAGCUCCCUACCUCCGCCGCAUCCCGAGAGUACGGUGGUUUGUCAAAACCAAACGCAUGUCAUCUACAAAAUGCCCUUUUGCAUAGUCACCAGAAUAUUCAGCGGUAGCCGAUCCGGUUUCGAAUUCACAUUUUACACUUCUGAUGGAAACCUCGUGGUGCAGACCUUAAAACACCAUCUAACAAUCGAAUUGGACGCUCGUCUGGGCGAUUGGAAUGUCGGCUGGCGCCGCACCCGCUUAGAGGACUACGACCUUUUGGUGCUGCCUCCACAAGCAAGGUCCCUGCUUGAUCCGCCAGAAGUGAGUGCUUCCAAACCUGGCGGUAGUCAAAGCCGUCAAAUGUAUGAGCGAAAUGCGCUAGUAUGGGCCAAAUAUAUUGAUGCAGGAGAAUCAUUCCUGCCUGCAUUGUCCCACAAGUUGGCUGUGCUUGACAUCGGUGAAGUUGAUUUUGAAACAGAUGCCACUGCGUACGGACUCGCAAGUAUUCCCUGGUUUUCCCAGGUAAUCGCAUGUAUAGCAUUGGUUCAAUGCCAACGCAUUCAAGAAAGAAGACGCCAAAACAAGAAGCGCAGAAGAAGAAGGAUGAAUAGAUAG